AACAGGAAGUGAAACACCCACUCUCCCAUUUGGUCCACACUGUAUUCUACUUCCAUAUAAAAAAUUGGUCCUUUCAGUUUUUAAAAUUACUGUGUUUUGGAAAAUAACAAAGUACAUUAGCAAAUGCUAAAUUUAUGGAGUAACUGUUAAAUUGCGCGACUUGAAUGAAAUAUGAAUGUGAGAGCGAGCCAUCGUCGAUGAUCGACUCGUAUUACGGGCAAAGAUAUCAUUGAGUAUCGUGGAAGGUACAGCUCUAUAUGACUCCGAUAAUGUCAUGGAAUGCCGAUGUAGCAUACGCUUUUACUCUGAACAAGCUUUUAACUUUACCACUAGGCAUUUGGCCCUUACAAAAAUAUAAUACAUUUUCUUUAGUCCGCACUGUCGUGUGCGGCAUCAGUGUGACCACGAUGAUGAUCAUGUUGUUCCUCGAAAUCAAUUUCGGUAGUGGUGAUGCGUACUUAAAACUUGACGCUCUUAUGGUCAUAUCCUGCAACAUACUCGCUGCGAUAAAAUUAUUGUCAUUCCGCUUAUAUGCCGAUAAUCUGACUCGUACUUAUUCAUCUGCUGAGAACGAUUAUCUCGCGAUCGACACCGAGGAGAAGCGCACGAUCAUGCGGCGGCAUGCGUUCAUGGGAAGGAUGAUUGGAUAUAGUACAUUAUUUUUCGCUUAUUUGGCUUCAACAAUUUUCAUGCUGAUGCCUAUGAUAACGGACGAUGAGAAAAUCCAAGUUAAUGUAUCUAUCCAGAAUCAAGUGGCGGGAUUACCGGUGCCCUUAACAUUUUUAGGGGACGUCCAAAUGUCUACAAGUUUAUACGUGUUGAUCUCUGUGGUGCAAUAUAUUGUACUGAUGCUCACUUGCACCAGCAAUUGUGGCAAUGAUACACUUUUCCUGGGAAUUACUCUUCAUAUUUGUGGGCAAAUGGAAAUCGUAAAAAUCGAAUUUGUUAAUUUUGGCGUUAAAAGCAAAAACAUUGGCGAAGAUUUUCAAUCAUUGGCAUCAAGACAUUGUUAUCUAAUGGAGCAUGCGGAACUUUUGGUAGAUGUAAUAAGUUUCGUAUUGAUCGUGCAAAUGCUGGUCAGUUGUGUUAUUAUAAGUAUGGUUGGUUUCCAACUUAUUUUAGCAUUGGAAGCACACAACGCAGUGAUAAUAACUAAAACGAUAACAGUGUUGAGUGCUCUACUGUUACAAAUGUUCUUCUAUAGUUCCGUGGGCGAUUAUCUGAAGUGUCAAAUGGAAGAAGUCGCGGACGCGAUCUACACCUGCAAUUGGUACAACUUCCCAUUGAAAUUAAUGAGGAAUGUUUUGUUCGUCAUCAUGCGAUCGCAACAACCUGUUCAGCUGCUAGCUGGUAGAUUUAUCGCCGUAAACAUCAAGACUUACAUGAACAUAAUAAAAAGCUCUCUCUCGUACUUAUCCGUCCUACGGGUGAUGGUGGACACGUAAGGCGCAAGUAACUGUUGAGAGCAAAUUUCGAAAAGAAAACACCGUACACAUGUAGGUAAUAUUUUAUAAAAUUAUCGCAAAUAAUGUGAUACAGGAUCUUGAAUGGAAUAGUCAAAUAAAUUGAAUUUGUUAU